AUGAAUAGUAAGUAUAUUAAAAUCGUUUUUUUGGUUAUGGGCUUGUUUGCAUAUGCGAGCAACAAAGCCUUUGCAGCUGAAUCAGGAGCCAACCAAUCUGUUAAAAAAAAAUCAACUCGAAGCAAAUCUUCUUCAAAAAAAGGGACCUCAAGCAAAUCUAAAGAUAGCAAGUAUAUACAAAAUGGAGUAUAUGUCAUUCCAUCAUGUACAGACAGCGAAGAAAUUAGAAAAGCGUCAGAGCUUAUGAGCGAAGUUAUAAACCAAAUACAAUACCAUGAUACAAAAGGAGGUUACAAUAUAACACAAAAGCAUGAUAAGGAUACAACUAUGCAGUAUAAGAACAUUCUAGGUGACGAAUCAAUUCAAAAAGUAGAUAUUAGAAUCCGAGGUUCCCACCAGUAUAAUGAUAUAAUACAAAUGCUAUGCAAAUGCCAUAACGUUAUAGAAUUCGGUGAUAUCAGGGUUAAAGGACGAGCUAUCCUCCGAUACACCCCAAGUUUAAUAAUGAUAAAGCAACGCUACACAAAUCGUAGUAAAACAGAGAGCGAUAAAUUUUAUGCUUUAUUCUCAAAAGUUGAGAUAUCAUCAAAUGAGACUAUAAUUGCCUAUGCAUCAGCAGAUGUAAAUACCAAAAACGACCCCAUUCAAAAAAAAGAUGAAGAUAAUACCUCAAUAGCUGAAGAUUCAUCGAGCAAUGCUGAUGUUUCUGAAGAUAUGACUAUCGUAGAAACAAAGAAACAAAAAGUUGCUAAUAUAUUCGGGUUUAUCAUUAAAAAGGAAGACAACUUCAUUCAUAUUACCCAUAUCAGCUCUGUUAAUGGACAAGCUCCCUUUUCCCACAAUUAUGUUAUUCAAGUAAUUAGAACAAACAAGUUGGCAGAUAUUAUCCGUUUACGAGAUCCCUAUAAAUUGUCAUAA